GGAUGCUUCUGCCAUCCGCCUGACAUCCGUUCUUUGAAGCCUUGGUGGGAUUGGCGUGGUGAGCCUGGUCACACUCGCGAAAACACGAAGCGGCCGCCCUCAAUAUGACGUCCCGCGGAGGCCUCAGAGCUGCCAGAGCUAAUGGAAACGAGUCUAAACCCAAGGAGAGGGGGGGCUUAUACUUCCAGAUGAGUGCCUCCCUGAAGUCAGAGGUUCGAAAGUUAAACUUUGUCCACUUUGUCAUCUGGCUCCUGGUGGCUGCCCAGGUGACCAUCAGCCACUUCAACCUGGUGUCACAUGACACAAUAUCCAUGCCAUACCAGUGGGAGUACCCAUACCUGAUCAGCCUCCUCCCACUGCUCUCCAGCAGCCUGUCACUGCCAAAGAACAACAUUAGCUACCUGGUCAUUUCUAUGAUCAGCUCGGGGCUUUUCUCCGUGGCACCUCUCAUCUAUGGGGGCAUGGAGAUGUUCCCUGUGGCCCAGCUGCUCUACCGUCAAGGGAAGGCCUACCGCUUCAUCUUUGGCUUCUCUGCUGUGACUGUUAUGUACCUACUGAUGGUGAUAGCUGUGCAGGUGCAUGCCUGGCAGAUAUACUACAGCAAGAAGCUGUUAGACUCGUGGUUCAACGCCACCCAGGAGAAGAAGAAGAAAUGAUAGAAUGAACUGGGCAGAACUGUGUUUUUAUGUUCAUAUAUCUAUUAAAAAGUUUAUUUCAGUUUUAGUUAUUCAGGAUCUCAUUAUGCAACCUUAUACCCUAGCAUGCUAGAGUUCUCCUAGGUAAGAUAUAUCAAGACAAUAUUCUUUGUUGAAGCUUUGUUGCACCGGUUAUUUGUUUAAGAUUAAAAAAAUGACUGAUUAGUAAUUAGCUUGAAUUCAAACAGUGACAUUUUGUAUCCAGUUCCCUUAGUUGAAGAGUGAAACAAAACCGAGCAACAAUACUAACAACUAUGACCUGCAACCACACCGCACUAAGGGCAACGUUUCAGUCAGAGCAGAUCCAACCUUCUCAUCACCGAUUUAGAGUUGUGUUUUUUUCUCACUGGACAGGAACAUUCUACUUUGGAGUGGGAUAGUAUUUUCAAUACAUGAUAAAAUGAUGCAGUGAUGGAAAUUUAGAUAAGCAAAUUCUCAAUGUGUAACUAGCCUUGGGCCUUGUUUACAAGUAGAAGGAAAUAGGUUUGCAUAUGCAUUAAAUCUCCCUUUUUCUUUUUUUCUUUUAACCUGGACUUGAUUAAAUGAGAUGUAUCUGCUGUAUUUCCCACUUAGUUUUUACAGUUAAUAAAAAGUCAUC